AUGCAUGCCGUAAAGCCGUCCUCGUUUUGCCGUAGCUGUACGGCCAAUCUGCGGCGCACUAGCCACCGACCGCGUGCUGCAGUUCGGGCAGGGUCAUCCCUUGCCAGUCCCAAGGCCAACAAUUUCGCUCAGUAUUUCUUUCACAACGACAGAUGGGGCCCUCUUCACCGUUCUCAUUACCAGGAUGCCUCGCCUUCUACUCCAAUUUCACAGGCAUUAACUCCCCAAUCCUCCACCAUCCGAGCUUUCAAGGUUUCCGAGACUCUCACACCCCGACGCCUUCUGCGCAUAUAUGCGGAAUUGUCUAAAUCGCGUCUAACCGUGCUCGUCGUGCUCACUGCAAUGGCCGGCGUGGCAUUGUCGCCCCUACCCACCUCUCUGCCAGUCCUUCUCUCCACCGCAGCCGGCACCGCCCUAUGUUCAGCCUCUGCAAAUGCGCUGAACCAGCUGCAAGAGGUGCCGUUCGACGCUCAGAUGGCUCGCACCCGUAUGAGACCGCUCGUCCGACGAGCGAUUAGCCCUCUCCAUGCAGCCGGCUUCGCUGUCGUGACCGGGGUUGCAGGGCCAGCUGUUCUCUGGACCAUGGUCAAUCCCAUCACUGCAUUUCUCGGUGCCGCUAACAUUGCCCUCUAUGCUGGGGCGUACACCUGGCUCAAGCGCAGGAAUGUCUUCAGCACUUGGGUGGGAGCGGUGGUUGGCGCUUUGCCGCCGUUGAUGGGUUGGACAGCUUGUGGGGGACAGCUCCUGCCGUCAUCCUCCUAUCCCAUCCAAUUAUUCCUCCCGUCCUUCCUUUCGACGACCACGCUUGACCUACAUCUCAUCGACAACCCACUCGCGCCUUUGGCACUCUUUAUGCUGCUAUACAGCUGGCAAUUUCCUCAUUUUAAUUCGUUGUCGCAUCUUGUACGAGAAUCGUACGCGCAGGCCGGUUAUCGUAUGCUAUCCGUCGUCUCACCUGCCAAAAAUGCCCUGGUUUCUCUCCGCCACACACUCCUACUCAUUCCAGUGUGUUCAGUCCUCGUGCCUAUUUCCGGGCUCACCACCUGGGCAUUCGCAAUCGCCAGCGUCAUCCCCAAUGCUAUCUGGGCAGAGGCCGCAUGGAGGUUCUGGCGCAGUGGUAGCGAGAAACAUGCGCGGAAAGUGUUUCAACACAGUCUGUGGUAUCUCCCGGUCAUGCUUGGUCUGAUGAUGUUCUGCAAGCGAGGAAUGGACUGGGGAUCAUGGAUUGGAGUCCGAGCGGAAGAACACGAAGAGGAUGUACGUGAAUGA